AUGAAGCUGAGGAUCAAUUGGAUCUGUAUUUGGGGCAUAUUCUCUUUGCUCAUUUUAUUCGUUAUCAUCGCCCUUCGAUUACUGGGAGAUGGCUUCAAACCGGAGGAACGUGCAGCCAUUUUACGCCUGAAAGAGGUCCACGAGUAUCCAAGAUUGGAGCUUUUAACGUCUGGAUCUGACGAUGGCGAUUCUGAAUUUAAUUCGUUGCCGGAAAAAACGCUCAGAUUACUAGAAGAAGUGCUCGAGUUCCAACGACUUCGUUUGCGUGAAGAGUUGUUUAAAUUCUCAGAUGACAGGGGAGUGUUCCGAGGCUCCAAUCUGAGUCUCGAAAAUGGAGGUCAACCCGUGAGAAGUCUGAUAGUUUCAACUUGGCGGUCUGGAUCGACAUUCCUAGGUCAGAUUUUGAAUUCGGUACCGGGAAGUUUUCAUCACGAGGAACCGUUGAUCGAGUAUGAUAUCAAUCAGAUACGUCGGCCGUCACACGUUAAGAUUGCCCUCAAUUAUAUCAAACAACUGUUCAACUGCAACUACACCGGAUUGGAGUACAUGCUGGAUUCUAGCCACUCUACCACUUAUUUCAGCUUUAGACUAAAUAAGCGGCUAUGGCCUUAUUGUAAGCUUUAUAUGAACUUCUGUUUGGAUCCCAAGCUGAUGGAGCCUUUCUGCAAACUGUUUCCCGUACAAAACAUGAAAAUCGUAAGACUACGGGCAUCGCUUCUAACACCUCUUCUUGAAGAUACCAGCUUGAAUUUGAGGAUUAUAUUGCUGAUUCGAGAUCCUCGGGGUAUCCUAGGGUCCCGAAAGCAUGUAAGCUGGUGCGAUAACCAUCCGGAUUGCUACUAUCCGCCGAUAGUUUGUAACGAUUUGCUACAAAAUUACAAUGCGGCCGUUGAACUAAAACGACGUUUCCCAUCGCGAUUCACGUAA